AAUUAAUUUCAAAUAUGUUUUAUGUUUGUAGGAUGUCUAACUGGAUGAAAAAUUGGGAAUGGGAAAAGGAAAGGGUCCCCUGAUUCGUCCUCCUGCAAAUCCGGUGGAGGAGAGUACUGCGGAACGGGAGGGCAGAACGCACAACCGUAAUGUUACCAGUUCUAAACGUCGUGGGGAACGGACUGGUGCUUUUGUACAACCACGUAUGACAAUUGAGGAGGAGGAGGAGACAGAGGCAGAGCCCGAGCAGGAGAUGGAUACAUAUAUGGAUCCCCACGAGGACGAGUACGAUCUAGGACUACGUUUUCAGCAGAAGUAUCAGUUCCUGGUGCCUGAUUUUCCAUCCGAUGAUGAUGACGAGGACGGUUUGACUCCGCCUCCGCCUCCGGUUUAUACAAUGGCUGGUACUUCCGGUGGUUCUACUCCUGCCCCAAACCCGAGGUCCCGGCCCGGUCCGAAAAAAACUCUUCCUACUCGACCGUGGAAGUUGAUUGGUGAGACACCCGGUGGACCAAAAUACCCUCAUUUGAUUCCGAGUUUUGGAGCCCAUAUUGCCUACGACAUCUGGGAGGGAAAGGUAAUACAUAUGCUGAAGUUGCGGUCUCAUGCGAAGUCUACUUGGCCGGGCCCCGACGACUAUUAUAGUGUUUCACUAUUGGAGAGUACCGGGUUGUAUCACUUGCGUUAUUGUUCGCUCCCUCAGCACAAUAACUCGUUGAUAGAGGCUUUUAUCGAGAGGUGGCAGCCAGACACCAACAACUUUCAUAUGCCGUUUGGAGAGAUGACAAUUACUCUCCACGAUGUGCACUAUAUCAUGCAUUUGCGAGUUAGUGGAAAGCGCCCUAACGUUUGGAUUGAUAAGGCAGAUGCGAUUUAUGCAGGUGCGAGAGCGUUCGGUGUCGAGCCCCGAGAUAUGGAGAAGUGGUAUGGCGGCGGAUACCGGUUAGAUGAUUUGGAUAGGAUGUAUGGCGACGAUUCUUCAUUUGCUUCCGAGUUUCGGGUACGAACAUAUAUUGCGUACUUGCUUGGAAAGCUAUUGUUUGUCGAUAAGAGUGGAUCGAAGGUGAAAGCAGAUUUUUUCCCACUUUUAGAGCAGAUCGAUAUGAUUUCCGACUAUUCGUGGGGUUCGGCUACAUUAGCCUAUUUGUAUCGACAAUUGGGCAUGGCUACGCGAGCUGAGGCGGCGCAGAUGGGUGGUUGUCUGACACUGUUAGAGGUAAUUUUUUAUUUGUAGUAACCCCUCAAUUGUUUCUUUUAUUAAUAUCACCAAAAUGUUAUGAUUAAUAUGUCGUAUCAUUAUUUUUGUAGUGUUGGAUAUAUGAGUAUUUUCCGUGUUUCCGGCCUCCGAUGGUUAACGCCCAUGUGAAUGGAGAGCCCUGGUCUAAGAGGUGGCAGGUGAUACAUCAUAUCCCUAAAGACGAGGAUAUACUUGUUGAUUAUCGUCGACGUCUUGAUUCUAUGCGUGCGUCAGAUGUAAGUAUCAAGUUUAAAUAAAUUAAGAUUUAUAUAUUUACUAUGUUUAUUAAUACAUUUCUAUUAUUAAUACAUACGCACAGGUGAAUUAGACGCCAUUUGGAGUGAAUCUGUC